AUUAUGACGUAAGCUGUCACAGUAAUUUAUAUUAAGUAAAAAUAUUAGAAAACAUGAUGAAGUCGUUAGCUCUGCUAGUGGUGCUAAACGUGGCGUGCGCCGAGAGCGCGGCUGGCAACAGGACGACUUAUGGGUUUUUCCGGGAGGUGGUGCGCGGCUCUGGCAGUGGGUCCGGCGGCAGCGCGAAGGGCGCGCGGCGCGUGUUCGGCGGCGCCGCAGCGCAGUUGAGCGAGUUUCCGACGGCGUGCGCGCUGCUGGACCGCUACUUUGCGACGCGGUGCUCGGCGGCCGCGCUGGCGUCGCACUGGGCGCUCACCGCAGCUCACUGUAUAUCUCCGCUGGUCGCCUACGUCAAGUACAACACUCGCCGCCCGUCGGCGGAGGAGGGCGACGUCUCGGCCGUCCAAUACCUCUACCGUCAUCCCGAGUACCGCGUGGUGCAGGAGGACGAGGGCUACGGCAUGGACGUGACGGUGCUGCAUAACGACGUGGGGCUGGUGCGAUCGCGGGACGAGCUGCGCCUGCGCGCGCCCCUACCACGCGACGCCCUCGCAGCGCUGCGUAGAUACGAUCCCGGCAACUUAAUGGAUGCUGAAGUUCAUGUGCUGGGCUUCGGGCGGUCGGAGAGCAGCGCGCUAGGCGAGGAGAUGUGGGGUGCGCGGCUGCGGCUGGCGCGCUGCGGCCGCGCCACCUGGUACCACGUGGUGUGUGGCGCGGGAGCUGUCGAGCCGGUGGGCGCGCGGGCUGCGGGUGAGGGUGCGGUGGGCGGCGUGUGCGCGGGCGACUCGGGCGGGCCGCUGCUGUUCGGGCGCACGCAGGUGGCGGUGACGUCACUUGGGCCGCGCGAGUGCGGGCCGGCGGGCGGCGCGGGGGAUCCGCCGUUGGGCGCGCUCAGCGUGUUCACCACGCUGCGGCCGUACGUGGACGUGCUGAACGCCACGAUGACGGACACGGAUGCAGAGCUGCGCAUGCGGAUGAUCUCCGCCGCCCCGCGCCCCUCCCGUACUCUAAUGUUUGUCGUUUAUAUAAUGUAUGACACUCUAUCGUACGCUUCAGUUACGUAA